GGUUGCUGGGAAUUGAACUCAGGACUGGAAGAGCAGUCAGUGCCCUUAACCUCUGAGCCAUCUCUCCAGCCCUCACUGUGGGUUCUACACCUCCCCUGCAGCCAUGACCUCAUCUCCCACCCGCGUGGGAAAACUCUGGGCGAGCUCCCAGUAACACCUUUGUGCCCUGAAGUCCUUCUGAGCAUAGCCGUUGACCCCUACAUCUCAGGUCAAGCUUGGAUGUCACUAGGUCCUCUCCCUGGCCUCCAGUGGUCUCACAGCUUGACUAAGCCACCUCCUCUCCCACUGAGGCCUCUGUUCCAUGCCGGCUCCCUCCAGAGGUGCCCAGAGGUGCUCUCUGGGUCCGGGCUCAUACCUGCCCUUGAAGACAAGUCUUGAGACUCUCCAUGGUGCAUCGGAACAAUACAGGGGCCUCCUUCACAUCUCCCCUUUGCUCAGUUUCCCCUGCCUGUGUGGCAUCUUCGUUUGAGAUUCCAACACAGCAGGUCCCAAAGAGAGCUUCAAGUUUCUCCCCCUCUGACCCAAGACUGCUUCUGCAUCUCCUGAUCCAGAAAAGGCAUUGCUGCCUUCCAGAAACCCUCCAGCGUCCCAGGAGACUGUCCUUCCUGUCUGGGUACUUGGCUCUCUGUCAAAGCCCCUCUGUCACUUUUGCCCCAGCCUGCAAUGAUCUUACUGCUUUGCUAUGCUGCUGGGGGAGGCACAUGACCUCGCUCUGGCCCUGGCAUCUGAAAGGCACCGUCUUGCGGUCAGCAGCCUGUCUUGGUGAGGGACCAUGAGGGUGGACAGACCUGUACUGGUGAGAAGCAUCAGGGCCAUCAGUCUGGGCCGUGCGGUUUCUGAGAUGAGUCAUGAACGGGCCACUACCCCGUGCUUUGGAAGAUAAAAUAUAACAGACGAAUAUAGGGUUUCUCCAUUGAUGGGCAGGGUGCGGUUGGAGGGUCACGCUUGAGAGCCCUUCUAGUCUAGAACAGCCUGGAACUCCAUGAUGCAGGGGGCCACUGGAACCAAUAAUAAGGGAGGGGCAUUGCCUUCCUUGGUCAUUCUUGGGUGGAAGGGAAGAGAAUUUCAGGGGGGGGCAUCAUGUAUCAUGUUGAAGUAGCACAAAAAAUUUCCUUCACUUUAAGUCUUGAUUAUGUUUAAGAGUAGUUACAAACAAGUAGAAAAAAAUGGAUACAUUAGUUUGGUCAAGACACGCUGACAAGUCCAACAGUUCAAAGCCAGGCAGCUGAGGUUGGCAGAAGCCUCUGGAGGAAGUGGGGAUGCCCCUUGAGUGAGCUGUAGACAGGUUUGCACACCUGACUCCCUGCCUCAGCAGACUCUAAUGUCUGUCCAUCUAUGCCGUGUGCCUGACCAGGCCUCUUUCUACUGAGAAACUCUAGACAUUGGCAGGGGAGAGGCAGGUGUGGUUACAGCAGGAGAGUCCAGAGCUGUGGUUGCUGGGCUCACAUGCAACCAGUCUGAAAUGUGCUCAUGUGUGGCUGUCAUAGAGUCUGUGUCCCCUAAAUUCCGAAAGAGAUAGUCUCUCGAAGCUGGCAUACCAUGCACUUCAAAGGAAGUAUUAGACACCUCUCUAGUUCCAAUGAGAUGUGUGCUGUCUCUUUUUUUUCUGGGUCCCGGGCAGCUUGCUCUCUGGGUUCCUCUGUAGGGCUUUGUUGCUGUGGGCAUCUGUGGUAUGAAAGACGAGGGUCGUUUGGUGGGGAAGAAAGGUUCCCAUUGUUCCAGAAAUGUCCCUGUGGCUCUCUUCCCCAUUUAGCACCAGUGAAGUCACUGAGUGUCUGGGAGCUGCUGUAAAUAAGGCAGGCCAACCCAGCCCCCGUGGAGGGGUGGGCAGGGCACCCUGUAGUUAGCGCUCCCUCUUGAUGGAGUUUCAGACUGGAUGGCCUUGCCGUUAAGACCUUGGAGCGGGGCACCUCUGCCGGCCUUGCCACAACCGGGAGAAGGCCAAGGGCCUGGGCAAAUUCAUCUGCCAGCGGUGUCACCUAGCCAUCGAUGAGCAGGCCCUCAUGUUCAAGAAUGACCCCUACCACCCGGAUCAUUUCAGCUGCUCCCACUGUGGGAAGGAGCUGACCUCCGAUGCCCGAGAGCUGAAGGGUGAGCUCUACUGCUUGCCUUGCCAUGACAAGAUGGGCGUCCCCAUCUGUGGGGCCUGCCGCCGGCCAAUCGAGGGCCGCGUGGUCAACGCAUUGGGCAAGCAGUGGCAUGUGGAGCAUUUUGUCUGUGCCAAGUGUGAGAAGCCGUUCCUGGGUCACCGUCACUAUGAGAAGAAAGGUCUAGCCUACUGUGAGACCCACUACAACCAGCUCUUUGGGGACGUCUGCUACAACUGUAGUCGUGUGAUUGAGGGUGACGUGGUGUCGGCCCUCAGCAAAGCCUGGUGCGUGACCUGCUUCUCCUGCUCCACCUGCAACAUGAAGCUCACUCUGAAGAACAAGUUUGUGGAGUUCGAUAUGAAGCCUGUGUGUAAGAGGUGCUAUGAAAGGUUCCCCCUGGAGCUGAAGAAGAGGCUGAAGAAGCUGUCUGACAUGACCUCACGCAAGGCUCAGCCCAAGUCUGUGGACGUCAACUCAGUCUGAAGGGCCUCCGGCCUUCGUGUGCCUGCUUGCAGAACCUCUGCCCUCACCCUGCUGCCCCAAUUCCUGAUGGCCCCCUCCCACUUCUGCUCCUCCUUCCCAGGCCCCUCCCUCUGGUGAUGUCACCCUCUCUGCUCCCAGUCUACCUAGGGCUAUGUAGUACUCCCUUCAGCACUGAGACCUGGCCCAGCCUCAUCGGCAUUUCCUCCCGUGCCUGCGGUCUCCCGGCACAGGAGCUAUCCGGGCCAGGACUGGACCACAGAUCCCAGCCCGACACCCGUCCAUUCCACUCUCCUUGGAAAGUUUCAGUCUCAGAGAGUCCCUAGGGCUUGGCUGGGAAGCUGCCCCAGCCCCAGGGCCAGCAGCGUGCAGAUGGAGGCUUCUGGGGGAGAGGGAACCCUUCAGUUAUUCAGCCACGUUAGGUCCCUGUGCUGACACUGCAAGCCCAGCCACCUCUGGGGCGAGCCAGCUGCAGGGCCGAGAGUCCCAUUGCCUUCGCUAUCAGGAGACUUCGCGGAAAGCCUCUCGGCUGCCCACCAAGGCUGGGGUCCCACUUCCCCCUGGGGCAGGGGCACACCGCCCCAGCCAGCUCAGACCUGCAAGUGGUCAAAUGCUUUGCAAUGAAGGUUGAUUCACACA